AUGACGAUUUUAGAAAAGAUGCGGCAACAGUUGCACACUUCAGUUGAUCAAAAAUGCAAGUACGCAGACCAGCAGAGAAGGUCAUUGACUUUUGAAGUAAGAGAUAAGGUGUUUUUGAAAGUAGCACUGCUAAAAGGGGCUAUGCCUUUCAAUAGAAAGGGAAAGCUCAGCCCAUGGCAUAUUGGACCUUACGAGACACUAGAAAGAAUUGGGGAAGUGGCAUACCAUUUAGCAUUGCCACCUGCCUUAUCGCUGGUACAUGACAUUUCUCAUGUAUCCAAGCUGAGGAAAUAUAUCGAUGACCCUAGUCAUGUACUCAGCUAUGAGGAAAUAAUCAUGGAUCCAAAGCUCUACUUUGAGGAGAAGCCAGUAGUGAUCUUGGAUUGA